CCCACAACACGGAAGACUUGUGUUUCCCAGGAAGCUAUUUUGAUUUUUUUUUCUUCCCGCCAGGAUAGAGGGGCGGUUCUCUGGCCCCCGCCCCCUUCCUCGACAACUGCGCUGCGCGCCACUUUGGCCCCGCCCGCCAACCUUCUGGGCUCAUUCCCGUGGCCCCGCCCACCACAGUCUGGGCUAGUGUCCCGUAGCCCCGCCCCCCCGCCCUCGCUGUUUUCGAGGCCCCGCCCCUGCCAAUCCUGCGAGUCAGCGUGCGGACUUUCCGUGCGUUUUAGCGGCCGGCCCCGCCUUCAGGCGUCCGCCAGAAGUGAGACGCUCUAACCACCGGAGCCUGCGGCGACUAAGUGGUUGCUCCAGUUCUUCGGUGUCCCGCUCUCCGAGGAGCCUGUCCCCGCGCAGGCGGGGCGAUGUCGGGGAGCCGCCCGCCGCGGGUCCGCUCCGGGAACGAGCCCCGUCCGGGGCCCGCCAUGGAGCCGGCGGGGCGAGGGGCCUGGGCCCACAGCCGCGCUUCGCUGCUCCGGCUGGAGAACCUUCUCCGCUGCUCGCGCUGCACUCAUAUCUUGAGAGAACCUGUGUGUUUAGGAGGAUGUGAACACAUCUUCUGUAGUAAUUGUGUAAGUGACUGCAUUGGAUCCGAAUGCCCAGUGUGUAAUACCCCAGCAUGGAUACAAGAUGUGAAGAUAAAUAGACAACUGGACAGCAUGAUUCAGCUUUGUAGUAAGCUUCGGAAUUUGCUGCAUGACAGUAAUCUUUCAGAUUUGAAAGAGGAUACAUCUAAGAAAAGUUUAUUUAAUGAUGCAGAAAGUAAGAAAAAGUCCAUUAAAAUGUGGUUUAGUCCUCGAAGUAAGAAGGUUAGAUAUAUUGUAAAUAAAAUUUCAGUGCAAACACAGCCUCGAGCAGUAAAUAAUGAAAAUGCUCAGCAAACUUCAUCAUAUGAAUUUGUUUCUUCAAGUCCUUCAGAUGUAUCUGAGAGACCUAAAAAGACUUCUGCAAGGUCUGGGAAAAAGCAAAAGAAGAAAACUUUAGCUGAAGUCAACCGAACAUGGAAUUUAGAGACAGAAAAAGGCCAUGAACUUGACUCAAAAGAAUUUAAGGAAAAACUGGUCUCUUUCUGUAGCCAACCAUCUAUCAUCUCUCGUCCUCAGUUAAAUGGUGGAAUUGAUUUGCUAGCCAGCGGCUCUGUAACUGACUCUGAAUACUUUGAAAAUUUAUCUGAAGUCUCGUUACCGUUGGCUGAGCAAAUAGUGUCUCCAGAAACAGAGAGUAGAAAUGAAGAAGUGACUCCUAAGGACAAUGUCUGUGAAGAACCUGUUCCUUCUACAGAAUCCUUGCCAUUAGGCCAGACUGGAAAACGUGGGUCUCCCAACAGACUUUUGAGUCCCAUCUCUAAGAGGUAUAAAAGCAGCAUUCCAAGCAUGGGUCAAGGUUCUGUUAAGGAAACACUGCCCUCGGAAAAGAUAGCACUGCCUGAUUGUUCUUCACCACCUUCAAGCAAACGUAGAGGCAGUGACACAUCAAGGAGGAAAAGCGUUAAUAUAUUAGAUGAAUCCAUUAGCCUUUCCCCAGACACACCACCGUCUACACUGAAUAGUCCAAGUUACAGGCGGAUGAUGGCUAGCCCCUCAGCCAUGAAGUUAUCACCCAGGAACCUUAUACCUAUGAAGAAAAAUCAUAGAGGAGAGACUUUGCUCCAUGUUGCUUCUAUUAAGGGCGAUGUUCCUUCUGUUGAAUACCUCUUACAGAGUGGAAGCGACCCAAAUGUUAAAGACCAUGCUGGAUGGACACCAUUGCAUGAAGCCUGCAGCCAUGGGCACCUGAAGGUAGUAGAAUUGUUGCUUCAGCAUAAGGCAUUGGUGAACACCACUGGGUACCAGAAUGACUCACCACUUCAUGAUGCUGUCAAGAAUGGUCACGUGGAUAUCGUCAAGCUGUUACUUUCCUAUGGAGCCUCCAGGAAUGCCGUUAAUAUAUUUGGUCUGAGGCCUGUGGAUUACACAGACAGUGAAAAUAUGAAAUUGCUGCUCAUGCUACCAGAGAAGAGUGAAUCAUCAUCGACUAGUCACUGCUCAGUACAGAUUAACUCUAGCCAACGUAGGGAUGGACCUCUUGUACUUAUAGGCAGUGGACUUUCUUCAGAGCAACAGAAAAUGCUUGGUGAACUUGCAGCAAUUCUUAAGGCUAAAAAGUGUACAGAAUUUGACAACACAGUAACUCACGUCAUUGUUCCUGGUGAUACAGUUCAAAGUACCUUGAAAUGUAUGCUUGGGAUUCUCAAUGGAUGCUGGGUCCUAAAAUUUGAAUGGGUGAAAGUUUGCCUACAAAAGAAAGAAUAUGAACAGGAAGAAAAUUAUGAGAUUCCUGAAGGCCCACAGAGAAGCAGACUCAACCGAGAACACCUGUUACCAAAACUGUUUGAUGGAUGCUACUUCUAUUUGGGAGGAACCUUCAGACACCAUCCAAAGGACAACCUCAUUAAACUCGUCACCGCAGCAGGAGGCCAGAUCCUCAGCAGAAAGCCCAAGCCGGACAGUGAUGUGACUCAGACCAUCAAUACAGUUGCAUACCAUGCCAAAGCUGAUUCUGACCAGCGCUUCUGCACACAGUACAUCAUCUAUGAGGAUGUGUCUAGUCAUCGCCCAGAGAGGGUCCGCCAGGGCAAAGUCUGGAUGGCUCCUUCCAGCUGGUUCAUAGGUUGUGUCAUGUCUUUUGAGUUGCUCCCUCUUGACAACUGAACUCUACACCAGAUGAACAGUUGAGACUGAGCUUAGCCAGUGUAAGAAUCCAGCCCUGAGCUCCUUGAUCACUCACAUUUUUGCAAACAGGUAGACUUAACUCAUGUGUUUUGUGCUUUGGUUCGAAAAAUAAAUCUUGGACCAGAGACAUAGCUCACCAGGUAGGGUGAGUGCUUUGUCAUAUGUGCAGUCCAAAUUCAAGCCCAAGUCCCACAGUCUUAUGGCACUUCCUCUUAUGGAGGAAGCUGUGGUGCUGUCAUGUCUCACCUUGUCUUAAUGAAAAUGUGGCCUGGAGUAGUGAAAUCAUACAUUUAUGAGAACUUGACUACACACACAACACAGAUCUUAUGCAGAUUAGGAAUUAUUCUUUGCUUGCCAUUUAGAUGCUGAAAUUGCUUUGAAGGAUACUUUUUAAGGGGCUAGGUGGUGGCACACUUGGUUGAGCACAUACGUUACAAUGCGCAAGGACCCAGGUUCAAGCCCCAGGUCCCCACCUGCAGGGGAAAGUUUUGCGAGUGGUGAAGCAGUGCUGCGGGUGUCUUUCUGUCUCUCUCCCUCUCUGUCACCCCCUUCCCUCUCCAUUUCUGGCUGUCUUUAUACAAUAGAUAAGGUUUUAAAAAAUAUGUUAAAAAGAAAGAAAUCGGUGAAACUGCAUGUGACUCAUGCUUCAGGUCCCAAGUCCCAGGCUUGAAAGAAAUUCUUCCAACAGUAUGAAGAUGAAAGAAAAAGAAGAAGAAGAAAAAGGAUACUUUUUAAAAGCUGGCAUAUAUUUCAAUCAAUCAUGUCUUUCUAUUCAAAUUAUCGGCUAUCAAAGAUUAAUGAGAUGGUAUCAGCUGAUUUUUUAUAAAAUAUAUACAUGUGGUAUCAUUACUUUUUUUUUACUGUCUCUUAGUGGGAAGGAAAAAAAAAAAAGUCCCAUAUAGGCCAUCAGCAAAAAAUGUUUGCCAUUCUCCCCAUCGCAGGGAGAAACCUCAUGAGUAGUAAAGCAGUGCUGCAGGUAUCUCUCUCCUGUCUCCCCUUUCCUUCUCAGUUUCUCUCUGUCGCUAUCCAAUAACAAGUAUUUAAAAAAUAAAAUAGAAUCUCUCUCUCUCUCUCUCACACACACACACACACACACAUAUAUAUAUUUGUCAUUCUUUAGUAAACAAAAAACAUUGCUGAUAUUUACUUACUCAGACUUUAUUAUAAUGAAAAUAGAGUCCUUGGUCUAAAUGCACCACCCUGGAUGUUAAAUCCUCCUGCUUACAGAUGUCUCCAUCUUAUGUGGUGCUUACUUAGCUUCUUAUACUGGUCCUGGAGGUCAGUUGUGACUGUUGUUGUACAGGGCGUGAAGCCUAGUGCUUCAGGUGUGGAGUCGUGCUCUAACACAGAGCUACGCCACCAGUUCUAUUCCUUCAUUUUUAUCCUUAUUCUGUUCUUGUCGAUCAAUCCAGCAAUCAUGAUUUAAACCUUAACCAUUGUUGGUUUGGUGGUGAGAAUCAACACUGGAUUUAGGUAGAUAGGUGUCUGCAUGCUCGUCGUGUCAGCUGUCAGUCUGUGACCAUCUACUGGAGAUGCACAUUAUCCUUAGAGCAUUUUCUCUAACGUAGUUUGUAGGCAGUCUCACCGGACUAGCAAAUUGUCAGUCAGAUGUGAAUAAGUAAAUCUUUUUUUUUUCUUCUGGUAGUCCUUAAUUAUUUUAUUUCAUUUUCGAUUCCUAUGGAGUCAGAGUGAGGAAGAACAAAUUUUGUCGGUGUGCUACAGAAGAUGAUAGCAAGUCUAGAAGUAGGAGUGGGAGACGUUGGAAAGCCGAAACCGUCUAGACAGAGUGGUGGGCAGGAUAGACCUGACCAGGGAGACUCAGGAACUUACUCUGGUCUGAGUGUCCUCACAUGUGAAGCACCAAAGUAGAUUCAGUCAUUUUAAAACAUUUCCUUAAGCAGGAUUCUUCCAUAGACCCUGCUAGAACUUGAAUGUCCUUGUAAUACUGGUGGCAUGGGAUGAGAGACCUAUGAGACUUGCCAGUUUGGCUCCUCAUGUACCAAAUAUUUAAUAAAAAAAGAUCCACUUAUUGGAAGGUUUCAGAUUCUGUUGAUUAUUUCAAAGCAAGUCUUAAUGCAAUUCCUUCCAUGACUAGUUAGUUAUUUUUGUCUUAUCAAGAAAUAUGUCAUAUGAACAAAAUAAAACCACUAUCCCUGACCUUCAAAGAUUAAUUCUGAAAUAUUCUUUCAACCGGUACUGCUAUUCCACUUUUCUUUCUAAUGGAGAAUGAUGAACACCAUAGCACCAAACAGAUCAGAGGGGUUUGAUAGUAUCUGGAUUAAAUAAUGGAAAACAUUCUGGGAUAUGAGUUGUCAUUUUUGAUCUACAACUGACUUUUAGUCGCUUUCUAUUGCCUCACUGGUCAAAUUCCUAGACAGGUUUGUGUUUGUUCUUCUGAUUUAACAUUUGAUUUGUAAAUCACCUCUGGACAUUGAUGCUUUGCCUUCCUUUAUCCCCGCCCCCUGCUCCACACACUAUUAAACAGCUUAUCUUGGGUUUCUUCAAUAUUUAUUUUGACAGCAGUUGAUUGAUGUUAAGCUCUUGAAACUUGUCAUUUCUGUGUAGAUGUACCUGUAAUUAUUUUCAUUUUUCAAUCAUAGAAUCAAGCUUCUUUUUAUUUACCAUAAAUCAUUAAAGUUAUUUCUGUUGCCAUCA